AAUUGUUACUCUUACCCUUAGCCUCUAAUCCCUAACCUUAACUGUACAUGCCCACAGUGUUAGGCAUGGGAAGACUGUAUCUGCCUGGCACUACUGCAGGGCCUGUGAAAAUGGUGUGCACCACAUUUCUGCUCCACAGGACCAUCUGGAGUGCUGUAAGACUCAGCACCACUCCAAUGAGGAGGGAGAGUUUACCCAGCACAGAACAGCAGAGUCGCUCACCAGUAGGGAAGCUGCUGGCCUACAGGGAGCCUCCAGAACUCAGUGACUGUAGUUGCAGUGGAGUGCGUGGUUCUCACCUUCAGAUCCUACUAUCUCCAAACUUCCCAACCCCCAGGAUGAGCCCUCAUGCUUACGCACAGAAUUUGAAUAAUUUAGGGCCCAGCACCCUCGGGUGUCAGUUUCAGUUGCUCUGUUCCCAUGGGCACUGCUAUGCCAGCCCUGCAAUUAAGCUAAUAAAACUGUCAGUGGAAGAAGGGCUACUCUCCUGUGCCUCAGACCCCUUAAUGCUGAUAGAGUGCUUGGCCCUGUUCUGAAAGCAGCAGGCUUGCUUCCUCAGAGGCCAGGUACUGUACACAUCGUCCCUGCCAGCUGGACCCGCUGUCCUACAUCUGUCCUCAAAACUUGCCCACCCUCACUGUGGUAAGGCCAUGGCGACCAAGAGCCACCACCUUGGCCUGGGAUUUCUGCUCCUGCUCUUUCUCCCUGCAGAGUGCCUGGGAGCUGAGGGGAGACUGGCUCACAAGCUGUUUCGUGACCUGUUUGCCAACUAUACAAGUGCCCUAAGACCUGUGGCAGACACGGACCAGACUCUAAAUGUGACCCUGGAAGUGACAUUGUCUCAGAUCAUCGAUAUGGAUGAGCGGAACCAAGUGCUGACCUUGUACCUAUGGAUUCGGCAGGAGUGGACAGAUGCCUAUCUGCACUGGGACCCCAAAGCCUAUGGUGACUUGGAUGCGAUCCGCAUUCCCAGCAGCCUAGUGUGGCGACCAGACAUCGUUCUCUAUAACAAGGCAGACACGCAGCCACCAGCUUCGGCCAGCACCAACGUGGUUGUGCGGCAUAAUGGCGCCGUGCGCUGGGACGCACCGGCCAUCACACGCAGCUCGUGCCGUGUGGACGUGUCUGCCUUCCCGUUCGACGCGCAGAGCUGCGGCCUGACCUUUGGCUCAUGGACUCACGGCGGUCACCAGCUGGACGUGCGACCCCGGGGCGCAUCUGCCAGCCUGGCCGACUUUGUGGAGAACGUUGAGUGGCACGUGCUGGGCAUGCCGGCGCGCAGGCGCGUGCUCACCUAUGGCUGCUGCUCCGAGCCCUACCCAGAUGUGACCUUCACUCUGCUGCUGCGCCGCCGAGCUGCCGCCUACGUGUGCAACCUGCUGCUGCCCUGUGUGUUCAUCUCCCUGCUGGCGCCACUGGCCUUCCACCUGCCCGCUGACUCGGGGGAAAAGGUGUCUCUGGGCGUCACCGUGCUCCUGGCGCUCACAGUCUUCCAGCUGAUCCUGGCCGAGAGCAUGCCUCCCGCGGAGAGCGUUCCACUCAUCGGGAAGUACUACAUGGCCACCAUGACCAUGGUCACGUUCUCCACAGCCCUCACCAUCCUCAUCAUGAAUCUGCAUUACUGUGGUCCUAGUGCACAUCCAGUGCCUGCCUGGGCUCGGGUCCUCCUGCUGGGACACCUGGCCAGAGGCCUGUGUGUGCGGGAGCGAGGGGAGCCUUGUGGGCAGUCCAAGUCACUGCAAUCAGCCCCCAGCCUCCAGCCUCCAGAAGGUCUCCCAACAGGCCCUUGUCAUGAGCCAUGGUGUCUGUGCCAUCAGGAAGUCCUUCUGCAUCAUGUGGCUUCCAUUGCCGGCACCUUCCGCAGCCACCGGGCUGCCCAGCGCUGCCGUGAAGACUGGAAGCGCCUGGCUCGGGUGAUGGACCGCUUUUUCCUAGGCGUCUUCUUCUGCAUGGCUCUGGUCAUGAGCCUCCUGGUUCUGGUCCAAGCCCUGUGAGGGCGCUUUGGUCACCUCAACACCACCAGAUAGGAAUGACAAACCCCGGGUGGUUGUUGGUACUCAGACUGCUGCUCAAAGUCAGGACCAGCACUUCUGACCUCACAACCCACAGAUAGCCUUGGUGAUCUGCGUGCCCUCACUGAGGGGAUCCAAAGCCUCUGUCUCCCUUCCCUCCAAUAUGAUUCAGGUCAAAGUACAGACUUGGAAAUAAGAUUCGAUGUCAGCUGAGCAAGAUGGUGUACCCCUGUAAUCCCAGCACAUAGAGGCUGAGACAGGAGGGUUUCCAUCAAUUCAAGGGCAGCCUGAGCUUCAGAAAACUUUGUCUAAGAAAUAAAUCACCACCCAUGUCUACACUUGGAAUUAUAGCUGUUAGCGGGGCAAAUUCAGGUUAUUUUUAUUUUGUUGAGACCACUAUGUACCUCCUGCUGGCCUGGCUUGUUACGUAGCUCAGGCUGGCGUUGGAUUCACACAGACCCACCUAAGGCACUUGCUGGCCGCUGCCACCACUCCCGGCCAGAGUGUAGGUUACUAGCUAAGGGACAAAGGCACACAUUCGCGUGUCAUCCUUAGCAGCUGCAGACGCUCAUCUUGCUCAUCUCUGCUAAGGCUCUUGGGGGAUAGAAAUUCAUGGUCUAGUGUCCAGAACAGAAGGCGAUGUAAACUUUUAUUCCAGAGCUUCAAUCCAUAAUAAAUGAGAGUGUGCCCAGCA